UCGGCGCUUUAAGUUGUGUUUUAUAUAACUCGUCGUAAAUUAAAGUCUCGUGUUACCAUAAAUGAUCAAGCUGUCUACUCGUUGUCAACAACGUUUUAUUCCAUUCAAAUUCUGUGUUGUGCGUCAAAAUGCCGGAAUUUCGAAUAACGGAAAGUGUUAAAAAACGCGCAUUUGAGGAUAUAUAUACUGUCCAAAAGGAAUUGGGCUGUGGCGCAACUUCUAAAGUCUUCAAAUGUACUCACAACGGAACAGGUCAACCAUGGGCAGUAAAGAUCAUCAAGAAAAAGGUUGACAGAAAAGUUGAACGCACAGAAAUAGGAAUUCUUCUGAAAAUCACACAUGAAAAUGUGAUUCGACUGAAGGAAAUUUAUGAGACGCCUUCUCAGAUACUGCUUGUUUUAGAUUUGGUUACUGGAGGGGAGUUAUUUGAAAGGAUCGUGAACAAGGGACAUUACUGCGAGAAGGACGCUGCAUUUGCUGUGAAAGAAAUGCUUGGGGGAGUCCAGUAUCUCCAUGAAAACGGGAUUAUUCAUAGAGACCUUAAGCCCGAAAAUUUACUGUACGAAAGCUCAGCAGCAGAUGCCAAAUUAAAAAUAGCUGAUUUUGGUUUAUCAAAGAUAAUUGAAGAGCAGGUUAAGGCCAACACAGUGUGUUGCACGCCAGGCUACUGCGCCCCUGAAGUUGUGACGGGCCGGCUGUACAGCACACAGGUUGACUUGUGGAGCAUUGGUGUCAUUGCAUACAUUCUGUUGUGUGGUUACGAGCCCUUCAACCAUGACAGUGAACAACAAAUGUACAAGAAGAUUGUAAAAGGAGAUUAUGAGUUUAAUUCAACGUACUGGGACAAAAACACAAUAAAUUCUAAGGACCUGAUAAGCAGGCUGCUGAAGGUGAAUGACAAGGAGCGACUGACGGCAGAGGAGGCGCUGCGCCACCCGUGGGUCCGUGGCAUCGCAGCGUCCGGUGAACACAUGGAGGGUGCACAGAUCAACAUCAAGAAGUUCAACGCUAAGAGGAAAAUGAAGAUACAUUCAGGGAUGGACCAGAAAAACAUGGAUGUAGAUGCACUGUUCACAUCAGAUUCAGAAAAGACGUUUCAGUAUGACAGUAGUCUACCAAGUCUACCAGUCCCUUCCCUGCAACACACUCUUGACAGAUAUCUCGACUCAGUUCGACCACAUAUAACAGAUUCAGAGUUCAUGCAGACAGAAAUCCUGGUGCAGCAGUUUGCUUCUGGUGUUGGAAAAGACCUUCAUAAACAACUUGUGAAGCGGGCUAGCAUCAACAGAAACUGGCUGGAGCAAUGGUGGCUUGACUUUACGUAUCUGGACUUUAGACUCCCCAUCAGCCCCUAUAUAAACUUUGCCGGACCCGGACCCUACAUGCACCAUUUCCUUCCGCCACGACCCGGAACCCAGGUGGAAAGAGCUGCCCUGAUGUCACAUUUUAGUCUGCGAUUCUGGAGCCACCUUAGGAAGGAGAGAGUCAAGCCAGACAAAGACAGCAGGGGACAGCAUCUGACUAUGGACCAGUUUCGUAGGCUGUUUAGUACCUGCAGAAUACCUGCAGUGCAGAGGGAUCAUCUGGCGACAUACUUCAAAACUGAUUCUGAAGGGAAGGCUCCCUCUAACAUCGUGGUGCUGUGCCGUGGUCGGAUAUUCAACAUGACUGUGAUUGACGAUAGCGGUGAGCCCCUAACAGCCCCUGAACUGCAGGCCCAGUUCCAGCGAGUCAGGGACCAGUGUGACCGGGAACCAGAGGGGCCGGGAAUAGGAGCCCUUACUGGGGACAAUAGGACCUCAUGGGCUCAGAUACGGAGUCACCUGCAGUCCCUACACCCUGACAACUACAACAGGCUAGAGGCGAUACAGAGCAGCAUCAUGUGCGUGGUCCUAGAUGACAAUUCACCAAAAGAUGAGACAGAGGUAUGCCAGUUAGCGUUGGCGGGUGACUCCAGAAAUCGUUGGUUUGACAAAUCUCUGAGCCUAAUUUACUUCAAAAAUGGCCUGACUGCAUCCAACUGCGAUCACACCCCUAUGGAUGCCAUGGUGUUGGUGGUCUGUAUAUACUAUGGAGACCUCCAGAUUAUGAAAUGUAAAGGAAAGUGGCAGGGUAGUCAGGAGAUCCGUUCAUUCGACUAUCCGAAGGAACUGAAGUUCAUCGUAGACGAUCGCGUUACCCAUGGAAUAAGCAAUGCCAUUCAGGUCUACAGCAAGAUUGCAAAUAAUCUUGAAUGUUGUACCCUAACAUUCACUUCGUACGGCAAGACUUUUCUGCGCUCCAUGCAGCUUCACCCCGACACGCAUGUCCAGUUAGCUAUCCAGUACGCCUUCUUCAAACGACACGGGCGCCCAGCAGCGACAUACCAGACAGCGACGACGCGCAAGUUUUACAACGCCCGCACAGAAACCCACAGGUCAUGCACCACUGAGUCAGUGCAGUUUGCCAGGGCAAUGCUGGAUAAGAGUGUCGGGGUGGAAACUAGGGCGGCCUUGUACUUACAGGCUGCUGCCAGACACAAUCAGCUGAUGACAGAGGCAACUGAAAACCAAGGCUGUGAUCGGCACAUGUUUGGGAUGCAGAUUCUUGCUAUGGAGCAGGGACUUCCUAUGCCUCUGAUAUAUACAGACCCCGCCUAUACCAAGAGUGGAGGUGGUGGAAACUUUGUCUUGUCAACAAGUUUUGUAGGCUACACUUCAGUAUACGGUGGCGCCGUUCCAAUGGUGGAACACGGUUAUGGCACUUUCUACAAAAUAGAGCCAACAUUGAUAACCACGUUCGUCUCUGCCUGGAAGUCCUGUACGGAAACUGAUGCGGUCGAGUUUAACCGCAUCGUGCACGAGUGUCUCGUAGAAAUGGGUGCAGUCUUGAAGGCCAGCGCGGGAGAAGCAAGGGCUUGAACCUGUUUAUUCCAGUAUGACCAACUGUUUUAGUGGAUUUACAAAAAAUGAGCGAGUACCUAAAUGCGGACAGUAAAUGAACAAUCGGACGCGUGAACAAUGUGUUUUAUUGCAUUAUGUAUGUUGACAAGAUAGUAUUAGAAGAUUGUUUGUUUGAAUAUGAGUGUCUUUGACUCGUGCAAUGCACACCUCUUAUUUUUGUACAAAGUCAAUAUAUUAAAUCAUAUUUUCCUUUAUUUUUAUAAACUCACUUUUUACAUUAUAAAUAUUUUUGUAUCUAUCUUAUUUAUCAAUACAUAUAUGUAUUACUUUAUCCAUUUUGUAGUGUCAAACACAUGUUUACACAAUUAUGAAAGGUCUACACAUUAAUGCAGUCGUGAAAACGCAGCGGGACCUGUAAAUAAACCCUGAAAUACGCACAAAUUUACUGACAUAGCUGUCGAGACCUUGGCCAGUGCCUUACUGUGUAUGACCAUUAAUUCAUAUUAAAUAAUGGAGUAUUUAGCUCAAAAUAAAUAUAUUUUCAUUGCAA